CACAGCUUUUUAUAACACCCUCUCCUGGCAUAUUUAUACCGGCAUGGUCGGCACCCGAUCUUCAUGUUGCCUGAUGAUUGCAUGAAACUUAAGUAGCAGCAAACAAGCCUUGAUUGUCCUUGUUGUUCUGUUGUGUGCUGCUGUCACAAAGGAUGCGCCCAGUGUGCUGAACGUGCUCAGAUUCAGCAAGGGCAGAACGUUGCUCUGCUGUCCUACUGUGGACUGCGGCAUCACACAGAUUUAAAACUGCUGCUGCUGCUGGCAGUGCUGCUGCUUCGUUGUUGUCUGUUCCGUAGGUACUUCCACGUGACGGCGUAACAUGCCAGCCAUUAUUCCAAAUCCGGUAAAAGAGAAGAAGAAGAAGAAGAAAGGCUCCCAGUCAGCACAGGCCGGAGGAAGUACCACUGAUGUUGCUGCGGCGGCGGCUGCACCCAAGCCGGUCGUUUUGGGCAAGAAGACUGGACUGCCAGCAGGCAUACUACACGAGAAGCCCAAGAAACCUGUAGAGAUGGACGAGGACGUGGAAGCGCCACCGCCAUUGUGUUGUAAGCGGCGGAGAGACGAGACGCGGGAGGAGAAGAAGCUGCGCAAGCAGGCGAUCAAAGAGCACCGACGGGAUCGGCGAGUGGAGAAAAAGGCCAACAAGCAGCGCUUCGUACACAAGCACCAGGCCGAGUCUGUUGCAUCGAAGGCCGUGGAAGGGAUUCGAAUGUAACCAAAGCCUGUGCUGCUUCUUACCCCUGCCACAUACACACGCCCUAUGCAGGUUUGUACUCUGCUCCAUAUAUUCUUUGUACAUAGUGUAGAUGGUUGCGUUGUUGUCCUUGUGUUGUCAUUAUGUUAUACUGUCUAUAGUUGUGAUGAAGUCUUUGUACAGCUGCUCUUUGGUGAUUUACCCCUGUUCAUCACCACACUCUCUCCUUGAAUCUCUGUCUAUUCUAUACUAUAGCUCUCGCAUUCCCUGUAUAUACCCCUGUAUAUUGCUUUAGAAAAUGUACAUACUGCUCAGCCAGCUCCAUGUACUUAGCUGCUCUUUCCAGAAUCUCUGUUCCUAUUUUUGUACGUCUUUUUAACCCGUUGUCUGUCUGGAGCCAUAAAAAU